AUGGCUCUUACGCAGAUUAGUCCUGACCCUACACUGGCGGAAGUCAUACAAUCAGCUACCACUGCCGCGUUCAGCUCGCGGGACAAAGUCAUGCUGAGGUCUAGGGAUAUCACAGAGCAUCCCACUGCAGUGGCAGUAGUCGUAGGAAUACUUGCGAUCCUCACACUCGUCAUCUGUCUUUGGUUCUGUAUCUGGCUUCGGCAUAGGGAGAAAGACGUCUCUUAUGCGACACCUCUUCCGUCACCCGGGACUUGGAACCCGGACUUCUCGCCACUGGGUUAUCCUGAGAACGAUCCGGGCAGAAUCUAUAGGGGACACCACGAGUUGGCGUGA